AAUGACAUAUUAAGAAACAGAAACAAAAAGUCAUCGUUCAUCAGCGGCGUUUUGCACACAAAUUGAGGAGCUAUAUAAACGCUUUGAGAGUAUAAAGUUAUAAAGUUUGUGUUGUAAAUUAAACAAAAAAUCGCUUAAACAUGUCGAUAAUGAGCUAUAAUGGUGGCUGCGUAGUAGCGAUGCGUGGAAAAGAUUGUGUAGCAAUAGCCACAGAUCUUCGUUUUGGUGUACAAGCUCAAACAGUGGCGACGAACUUUGAAAAAGUUUUCCGUGUUGGUCCUCGCAUGCUUCUUGGCUUGGUAGGACUUCAGACCGAUAUUUUAACCGUGCGGGAGCGCGUAAUGUUCCGUAAAAAUUUAUAUGAAAUGCGUGAAAACCGUGAAAUAUCAGCAGAAGUCUUUUCAGCAAUGCUAUCAAAUUUUUUGUAUGAACAUCGCUUCGGGCCAUAUUUUAUUGAACCUGUUGUCGCAGGGCUUGAUGCAAAAACUCAUGAACCAUAUAUAUGCAAUAUGGACUUAAUUGGUUGCCCAAAUCUGCCAAGGGAUUUUGUUGUGUCAGGUACUUGCAGUGAACAGUUGUAUGGUAUGUGUGAGACAUUAUGGAAACCUGAUUUAGAUGCAAAUCAGCUUUUUGAAGUUAUUUCUCAAGCAAUGGUAAAUGCUUUUGAUCGUGAUGCAAUAAGCGGUUGGGGUGCCACUGUCUACAUUUUGGAAAAGGAUAAGAUCACUACAAAACAUCUCAAAACACGUAUGGAUUAAAUAAAUAAUUCAAAAAUUAUAUACGAUUUGAAUAAAAAUAUUGUCGUCUAUUACACUUUCUAUAAAAA